AAAUCCAGUGGAAGGAAGGAGAAGAUUGGCGAUGGCGAGGAAGAUAAGCAAAGAGGAAGUUGUAGAAAAGCUUAAGGACGACGGCGAUUUUGACCGUCUCCGCCUCAAGAUCAUACGCCGCCUUAAGGAUAACGAGGAAUUACGAAACAAGAUGAUUUCAGUUGUCAAGGAGUCAACAGCUUUAAAACGAUCAGGUGCUCAAAAUAUGAAAACCAGGCAACUCUCUGAUGCGAUAUUCAAAGAAGUCGGGAGCAAGAUGCUGAGCCAGCUCUCAGAUGGGUUAUGGGGGAUAAUAAGAUCAGAGGAUGGGAUGAAGAAUGAAAUCAGAGAAACCGUACAAUCUGUCUACGCUACACUAGCUAACCCGGGAGGCGAGAAAUGCGGAUCAUCCUCUAGAGAAGUGGAACAUAAGAUUUCAACACCAGUCCCAAAAUCAAGAGCUGAUUCCAACACCAGUCCAGCGAGUAAACAGAAGCAAGAGCUGAUCCAAGGAGCUUUAGAAGAAAAAAACAAAGGAGAAGCAUGUAGUGAUGAUGAAGAAGACCCUGAACUCCCUCCUGGUUUUGGAUAAAACGUGUAAUUUGUUUUAUUUAACUGUUUCUAGUAACAACAAUUAUUGUACAUUGAUUUUGUUCACAAAUUAGGUGAAGAUAUAUAUUUGAUGAAUUUUGUUAUACUAA